AUGUCCGCACAGGCUGGUGCUGGUGAUGGGUGAGGCAGCAGAUUUUCUGCCCUCCCCCCCCCCCCCCCGGGGAGGGGCGGUGGCCGCGGAGGAUGCUUGGUUGAUCCUCCAGGGCCCGCCCGUUUGGACCUUUCAGGCGGGGCUUGGGCUAGGGCGGGUGUCCACUGGGCACUGCCACGCAGGCCCCAGCACCACGCUGGGAAAGACGGACCCAGGGAGCACCUUGGAGGGAAGCCACACAUUCAGCAGUGUGUCCCCCAAUCUCUGAGACGCCUCCUCUCCCUUCUGAGCAAGUGAAGAUGGCAGAAGGGAUGUGACCUCUACUUAACCUCAUCCAUCUGCCAAGUGGCGCCACCAUGCAGAAACCCAGCGGCCUGAAACCCCCCGGUCGUGGGGGGAAACACUCCAGUCCUGUGGGUCGGACGUCCACAGGGUCAGCUUCAGCCUCAGCGGCAGCAGCGGCCACUGGGUCUAAGGAAGGCUCCCCGCUGCACAAACAGGCAUCCAGCUCCUCUUCCUCCCCGGCUGCAGCCACUGCCCCUGAGAAGCCGGGCCCAAAGGUGGCCGAGGUGGGCGAUGACUUCUUGGGGGACUUUGUACUGGGCGAGCGGGUGUGGGUGAAUGGCGUAAAGCCGGGCGUGGUGCAGUACCUGGGCGAGACGCAGUUUGCACCCGGGCAGUGGGCAGGCGUGGUACUGGACGACCCAGUGGGCAAGAAUGAUGGUGCGGUGGGUGGCGUGCGCUACUUCGAGUGCCCAGCCCUGCAGGGCAUCUUCACGCGGCCCUCCAAGCUCACACGGCAGCCCACGGCCGAGGGCUCGGGCAGUGACACCCAUUCAGUAGAGUCGCUGACUGCCCAGAACCUGUCGUUGCAUUCGGGCACGGCCACGCCCCCAUUGACCAGCCGUGUCAUCCCGCUACGGGAGAGCGUCCUCAACAGUUCGGUGAAGACAGGCAACGAGUCGGGCUCCAACCUCUCAGACAGUGGCUCCGUGAAACGAGGCGACAAAGACCUGCGCCUGGGAGACCGCGUGUUGGUUGGUGGGACGAAGACUGGUGUGGUGCGGUACGUGGGGGAGACAGACUUUGCCAAGGGCGAGUGGUGUGGCGUGGAGCUGGACGAGCCCCUUGGGAAGAAUGAUGGGGCGGUGGCGGGUACCAGGUAUUUCCAGUGCCCACCCAAGUUUGGUCUCUUUGCGCCCAUCCACAAGGUGAUCCGCAUCGGCUUCCCAUCCACCAGCCCAGCCAAGGCCAAGAAGACUAAGCGUAUGGCCAUGGGUGUCUCAGCAUUGACCCACAGUCCCAGCAGUUCCUCCAUCAGCUCUGUCAGCUCUGUGGCCUCCUCUGUCGGGGGCCGGCCCAGCCGCAGUGGCCUGCUCACAGAGACCUCUUCACGUUAUGCCCGCAAGAUCUCGGGCACGACGGCUUUGCAAGAGGCCUUGAAGGAGAAGCAGCAGCACAUUGAGCAGUUGUUGGCUGAACGAGACCUGGAACGGGCCGAGGUGGCCAAGGCCACGAGCCACAUCUGUGAGGUGGAGAAGGAGAUUGCCCUGCUCAAGGCACAGCAUGAGCAGUAUGUUGCAGAAGCCGAAGAGAAGCUGCAGCGGGCCCGGCUACUAGUGGACAGCGUGAGGAAGGAAAAGGUGGACCUGUCCAACCAGCUGGAGGAGGAGAGGAGGAAGGUGGAGGAUCUGCAGUUCCGAGUGGAGGAGGAGUCCAUCACCAAGGGAGACCUGGAGACCCAGACGCAGCUGGAGCACGCGCGCAUUGGGGAGCUGGAGCAGAGCCUGCUACUGGAGAAGGCGCAGGCCGAGCGGCUGCUCAGAGAAUUAGCGGACAACAGGCUGACCACAGUGGCCGAGAAGUCGCGGGUGAUGCAGCUGGAAGAGGAGCUGAACCUGCGCCGUGGAGAGAUCGAGGAGCUGCAGCAGUGUCUGCUGCACUCAGGCCCACCACCCCCAGACCACCCUGACGCUGCCGAGAUCCUCCGGCUGCGGGAGCGGCUGCUAUCAGCCAGCAAGGAGCACCAGCGGGAGAGCGGGGUGCUACGGGACAAAUACGAGAAGGCUCUGAAGGCCUACCAGGUGGAGGUGGACAAGCUCCGGGCAGCCAACGACAAGUACGCACAGGAGGUGGCUGAUCUCAAGGACAAGGUCCAGCAGGCCACCAGUGAGAACAUGGGGCUUAUGGACAACUGGAAGUCCAAGCUGGACUCGCUGGCCUCUGACCACCAGAAGUCCCUGGAGGACCUCAAGGCCACCCUGAGCUCAGGCCCAGGUGCCCAGCAGAAGGAGAUUGGGGAGCUGAAGGCUGUGAUGGAGGGGAUCAAGAUGGAGCACCAGCUGGAGCUGGGCAAUCUGCGCGCCAAGCACGACUUGGAGAUGGCCGUGCAUGUGAAGGAGAAGGAGGCCCUGCGGCAGAGGCUACAGGAGGCCCAGGAGGAGCUGGCUGGGCUGCGGCAGCACUGGCAGGCCCAACUGGAGGCACAGGCUGGCCAGCACCGGCUGGAGCUGCAGGAGGCCCAGGACCAGCACCGAGAUGCUGAGCUGCGCGUGCAUGAGCUGGAGAAGCUGGACGCUGAGUACAGGGGCCAGGCUCAGGCCAUCGAGUUCCUCAAGGAGCAGAUCUCGCUGGCCGAGAAGAAGAUGCUGGACUAUGAGCUGCUGCAGCGGGCAGAAGCCCAGAGCAAGCAGGAGGCAGAGUGGCUGCGGGAGAAGCUCCUGGUUGCCGAGAACAGACUGCAGGCGCUUGAGGCCCUGUGCGCAUCCCAGCACUCCCAUGUGAUUGAGUCAAACAGCAUUUCCGAAGAGACGAUCAGGACGAAGGAAACUCUGGAGGGCCUGCAGGACAAGCUGAACAAGAGGGACAAAGAGGUGACAGCCUUGACAUCCCAGACCGAGAUGCUCAGGGCCCAAGUAAGUGCACUGGAGAGUAAGUGCAAGUCGGGUGAGAAGAAGGUGGACGCCAUCCUGAAGGAGAAGCGACGUCUGGAGGCCGAGCUAGAGGCUGUGUCCCGGAAGACCCAUGAUGCCUCUGGCCAGCUGGUCCUCCUCAGCCAGGAGCUGCUGCGGAAGGAACGGAGCCUGAACGAACUGCGUGUGUUGCUGCUGGAAGCCAAUCGUCAUUCCCCAGGGCCCGAGAGGGACCUGAGCCGUGAGGUGCACAAGGCUGAGUGGCGGAUCAAAGAGCAGAAACUCAAGGAUGACAUCCGUGGCCUGCGAGAAAAGCUGACAGGGCUGGACAAAGAGAAGUCCCUUUCCGAGCAGAGGCGCUAUUCCCUCAUCGACCCGUCCUCAGCGCCCGAACUCCUGCGGCUGCAGCACCAGCUGAUGAGCACUGAGGAGGCACUGCGGGAUGCGCUGGACCAGUCUCAGCAGGUGGAGAAGCUCAUGGAGGCCAUAAGGAGCUGCCCCGACAGGGCCCAGACCAUCGCCAAUUCUAGUUCUACAAAUGGCAUCCACCAGCAAGACAAAGCCCACAAACAGGAGGACAAGCACUGACGUUGAGGGACACCAUGGAGCGGCCCAGUCCAUACCAGAGCCCUGCCCAGCUGCCCAAUGGCACCCCCUCCAGGAAGGGGCUAGGACUGUCGCUUUGGAGACGAGACAGUGUUUGUAACAAUAACGUACUUGCCCCCGUGGAAAAUCCCCCACCCCAAUCCCCUGCCAGACCAGGAAGCUUCCUCAAGCAGAGCCUUCUACAGAGCGGUACAGUCCGGAGCAGGCCAGGGCCUUAAACCUGGACACAUAGCAGCUUCCAGAGUUUGCAGUGGCAGAGGUGACCCAGCCGGGCCCCUCUGCCCAGAAGCUGCCCCAAGGACCAUCUUAGCGCCCUGAGUGCUUCCCUGCCCUGCCCUUCUUCCCCUUCUCCCUCAGGUUCCCUUCAGACCUCAGAGGGGACGGGAGGCCCAGCUUACUUGUAGGCAUUGAAGAGGGAAGUCCAGUCUUUGAGAGCCAGGUGGGGUUUCCACAGCCCCUUCUCAGGCCAAGACAGUCCCCCAGGGCUUCUUGUCCCACACACUGAGCCUUUUUCAAACAGUGGUACAAGCUCCCCUCAGCCUGUACUUUGAGCUAGGCCCCCCGGUUCAAAGUGUUGGGGGUGGGGGAAGAGAUCUUUCUUCCCCCACUCCAGCACCAACUCACACCUCCAAACUGCAGACGGUGUUCACUUAGGCCAGGAGUCACAGUCGAGGGAAGUCUGGGAGCUCUUCCCCUUACCCUCAUGACCUUGGACAAACCCGGCUUGGGGUUGGGGGCAGGGGCGGCCACAGUGGAGCCCAGAGUGAGGGCUCCAGGUGUGUUUUGACAAAGGUCAGUAAUGUGGGGUCCCCUGGACUGGCUGGAUGUUCCAGAACUGGGCCUCCCACCUGCAAAUACCUCCACAUAGACCCCGGUGUACACACCCUGUACAUAUACACACAGAGGGACCAUGGUACACACAUGGCCGUGUGGGAGGGAGCGUUUGCAGUUAACCAUACUGAGGCCACACAGACACAUGCGUGUUUGGCUUCAGGACUAAGGCCCAGGCCUGGCAGGACUUUGCCCACAGACCCUGUAGACAUUCCCACAACUUCAUUGUGCACAUGCACUCCCAGAGACACGCAGCCAGGCAUGCAGGGGUGUGUGUGCCUUGCACACUCUUCAGAACACACAUUCCUAUAGCCAGGGAAGGAACCAUAGGGGUGUUGGGAGUGAGGAAACUCAAACAGCCUCCCUGUCUUCCCCUCACGGCAUCCCCCACUUCUCAUGGGGCCACAGAUUGCCCACCACCUGGUCCCUCAGCAUUAGCACAGGGGGGCUCCCACUCUCCUGCAGCUCAGGGAGAGUAUCUAGUAGGGACCCUUGCCAGGGGCCUAGGUGCCCCAUUCUGCCUGUCUCGUAGUGCACGGGGUGGAAGUACAGUUCAGAGCAACAGCCCAGGUCACCUGUGAGUGCUGCCUGGUACAGGUAGGUAGCACACACGUCCUUGCCUAAACGCAGCCCAUCUUGGGGACAGCAGGUCCCACCAGCCUCCUUCCCACUCCCUUUUGGCUUUCGGUAGCUCUCGCAUGCAGUUCUAUUAACAGCAGCCUAGAAACAAUGCUUUAGUGGCCUAACCCAGAGCCAAAUACUGCUCUUUCCAGCAAAAUCUGGCAGCUCUGCCUCACCCACAGGAGGCACUGAUUAGUCUACUAACAGCCAAAGGCCCCCACUGCAGGGCACCAGGAGGGGCGAGCCCCAGGGCAUGGGCUUGCGCGUAGCAGGUGUCCUAGAAGCGAUUUCCCCGAGAGCAUCUGCCUCUGUGGGCCUCUCAGCCUGCUCGGGUGGUCACCUGGACAUGGCUCAGCCAUGCCCCUCCCCAAGUCCUUCCUGCCCCUUCCCCUCCCCACAGUGGAAUUGUUGAAGUGUGGCGAGUCUGUGCUCACUCGGGACAAUAAAGCUUGUGACUGGGGUCCAGGACCCCUGCAGUCGUCUGCUCUUCAUGGCGCC